UUUAUAUUUCAUUACUGUUUGCAAAGGUUCUAUCUCUCUGUUUUCCUGUUGUUUCCUUUGGAAUUUGUAUUCUCUUCUCUGUAUAGUGUUUGGUUUGAAGGAAAGAUUAUCUGAUGCUUUUAGUUUCCAGUCAAUUGUAGAAAUCAGGGCUUUCCUUUUUUUUUUUUUUUUCUUUUCCCCGUUCCAAUGCCUAAACUUCUAAGGUUUUGAGUAUCGGUUAAGAAACUUUGGGGUUUUUAUUUUGGGUGUUUUUUUUUUUUCCUCAAGUGGCUUCAAUACCUAAAUUUCUUCGUUUAGGUGUGUGUAUACGGAACUUGAUUAAUUUUUUUUAGUAAUCUAGAGGUUUUUUGAUGGGUUUCAAUGCCUAAAUUUCUAGGGUUUUAGGUAUAUAUGAAUAUAUGAUAUCCUUUUUAGAAAAUCUGGGGUUUUUAUUGGUUUAAAUGCCUAAACAUUUGGUUUAUUUAUUUAUUUAUUUUAUUAUUAUUAUUCUCAAUGCCUAAACUCCUUAGGUUUUACUCUCUAAGUUUGGUUUCCUUGCUCAUUUUUUAACUCUCAUGUUGCAUAUUGUUGCUCAGCAUCACUAGGUUGGUUCUGAAAGGUUGUCUAAGCAAUUUCUAGUGGCUUGGUUGUCUAAGUACAAAACAUGUAGUAGCAACAUUUUGUGUUGGUCCACUUAAUCCUGGACUAGAGAUAUUUCAACUGCACUUAGAAUAGUAAAAUCCUAACAUUUUCUUAAUAUAUUUCCUGUAUUAGGACUGUCAAUAUUACUUCAUAUUUAGUGUUUUGAUGGUUUUCCUCAUACUUAAAUGGUGAAUUUAUUUUCAAUAAAUAUCCCAAACAUUUAGACGCAUAUGAUUGAAAGAGGGUCUUUGGAUGGCUAGAUAAAGAUGGAAGCACAAAGUGUUAUAACUCGGUUUCAAAAUUCUGGUGUGUUUCGGACCCAGGGCCUUAUUGGAGGAAAAUGGACUGAAGCUUAUGAUGGCAAGACUAUUCAGGUCCACAACCCUGCUACUGGUGAAGUUAUAGCAGAUGUUCCAUGCAUGGGUCAGCCUGAGACAAACGAUGCGAUAUCUUCAGCUUAUGAGAUGUUCAAUUCUUGGAGCAAAGUUACUGCGAUUGAAAGGAGCCAAUGCCUGUGGAAAUGGCACGAUUUACUCAUUGCCCAUAAAGAAGAGCUUGGUCAACUUAUAACACUAGAGCAAGGGAAACCUCUAAAUGAAGCCAUUAUUGAGGUCAUCAUUGCGGCUGGCUACCUUGAGUUCUUUGCAGAGGAAGCAAAACAUGUAUAUAGUGAUAUAAUUCCAUCGACAGUAGCUGAUUGCCAGUUGUUUGUUAUAAAACAGCCUGUUGGUGUUGUUGGUGCAAUUACUCCAUGGAACUUUCCGUUGGCUAUGCUUACUUCGAAGGUUGGCCCUGCCCUAGCUUGUGGCUGCACGGUGGUUUUAGAGCCCUCUGAACUUACACCCUUGAUAGCCUUCGCAGCAGCUGGGCUUGCGCUUGAAGCAGGAAUACCAUCGGGUGCUCUGAAUGUUGUCACGGGAAAUGCUCCUGACAUUGAGCAUGCUUUACUUGCAAGUCCAAAGGUAAGAAAAAUAACAUUUACAGGCUUGUCAGCUGUUGAAAAGAAGAUAAUGCCAGGUGCUGGUGAGACUCUUAGAAAGGUAUCUCUUGAACCUGGCGGUAAUGCACCUUGCAUAGUUUUUGAUGACACGGACCUGGGCGUGGCAGUAAAAUCAAUUCUGGCCGUGAAAUUCCAUAAUAGUGGGCAAACAUGUAUUUCUGCCAAUAGAAUACUUGUGCAAGAAGGUAUUUAUGAAAAAUUUGCCACUGCUUUUUCUAAAGCUGUCACAAGUCUGCAAGUUGGGGAUGGGUUUUGUGAAGGUGUGACCCAGGGUCCACUAAUUAAUGAAGCUGCAGUGCAAACGGUUGAGUCAUUAGUUCAAGAUGCUAUCUCAAAGGGAGCAAAACUCCUCCUUGGGGGUAAAAGACACAAUCUGGGGAUGACUUUUUAUGAGCCCACAGUAAUCGGUGAUGUCAACAACAAGAUGCUUAUAUCAAGGAACAAGAUAUGUGGACCUAUUGCUGCCCUUCUGCGUUUUAAAACCGAGGAGGAAGCCAUCUGCAUUGCAAAUGACACUGAUGAAGGUUUAGCUGCCUAUAUUUUCACAAAAAACCUACAACGAUCUUGGCGUGUCUCUGAAGUUCUUGAAUAUGGACUUGUUGGUGUCAGUGAAGGAUUAAUUCCGACAGUGAUGGCUCCGGUUAGUGGGUUUAAGAAUACUGGUCUUGGACAAGAAGGAUCCAAAAAGGGCAUGCUUGAAUAUCUGGAAGUCAUAACAAGAGAAAGAGUGAGGAAUAAGUGGUUUUGCACAAUUGUAAUCUAUUCAAAUGUGUGUAGACUAGCUUUGAAUAACUUUGUGGUUUGUUGUAAAUGUUUAUGGUUUUGUGUUCUAGUGGAUGGUAUUAGUUCUCAAGCUUAAGCUUUAAUAUGAUCUUCA